UUUGCAGUUUGCAAAGAUGGAGCAAUGUAGAAGAGCAGGUGUUGUGUGUUUAUCAUUUCUCCUCUUCGUCUCUUUCUCUCCGUGUUUAAUGAGCAACUGCCCCUGCAAUGAUAAUAAGCCCAUGCUUUACGACACCAGUUGCUCUCCCUUACCAAACAAUACUGCAAUAGCAGGUACUGCCAAUAGCAGAGUCACCUGUUGUACUGGAUCUGACAAUAUUACUGCAGUUUGGAUAGAUCCUUUUGGUCAUAAUGUUUCUAGUUCAAUGAGUAACCUAGUAAAUGCACACAAUCCAGUUCAAUUGGAUAUCAUUAGCAGUAUUACUGUGGAACACUGUUCUUCUCGUUGUGGUGCUUACAGUUGCAGAUUAGUAAUAAAUGCUACACAAGAAGAGGCUGACAGAUUAUUUCUUAUUGUUAAGAGCAGCAGUGACACCAUUGGACUACCUAAUGUAACAAAUAUUUCAUUUCAAGUUCUAAGUCUACAUCGUCCUCUUUCUGUUUCUCUCUCAUUUAACUCAACUGCUCUACCUCCUACUCACGUUUAUUGGUCAACACCUUCAAGUUAUUUCAAUCAAAGUCAUUACUCUCGCCUUUUGAAUGCUGCAGAAGUUAUAUAUAGCAACGUGUUACUAAUAAUAGAUAUCUCUAGUCCAUCUGAAGCAGCUGGACUGUACGUGGCUAACAUCAGCACUAAUGGGGAGGAAUUCACAUCUUUAAAUAUCAGUCUUGAUAUUACAAGAUCUAUUACUGACAUAACUUUUAGCGGAUUUAAUAAGACACAUUCUCUUAUAAGAUGGAAAAAUGGAGACAUUGAUCGUAAUAAUCUGAUUAAUUAUAUUUAUAACAAUGAGACGGGUCAAAAUGUGAGCACUCCAAAUGACUUUUAUUAUUAUCCAAUCAGUGACAAUUCGUCUUACAAUUUAUUACUUUAUUCAACUGAGGAUCACCUGCUCCCUAGUGAGAUGCAGUUGGUGAAUUUUGUGACACAAGGGGCCCCAUCUUCAGUUGUUAUUGAUACAAUAUCUUCAACUAAUUCAACAUGUCUUCUUAUUAACUGGUCACUCCAUCAGCCAGUCCCAACUUUAAUAAAUCAUGCAUUAAUUCAUCAUUAUUAUAAUAACUGCAGUGCCACUGAGCAGCAAGAGUAUAUCAAAAUCCACCAAAACAGCAGCAGUUUAUUGCAUUACAGCAAUGAAGUGUGCUCAUUGCAGGCUGGUUUGGAGUAUUGCUUUAAAAUAUCAUUAUAUUCUCCCUGGGAUGAUGUCACUAACAGUUCAUAUUAUUGUGUCAACAUUUCAGUUAUACCCUCAGAAACAAGAGUUGUUAUUGAUACAAUAUCUUCAACUAAUUCAACAUGUCUUAUUAUUAACUGGUCACUCCAUCAGCCAGUCCCAACUUUAAUAAAUCAUGCAUCAAUUCAUUAUUAUAAUAACUGCAGUGCCACUGAGCAGCAAGAGUACAUCAAAUUCCACCAAAACAGCAGCAGUUUAUUGCACUACAGCAAUGAAGUGUGCUCAUUGCAGGCUGGUUUGGAGUAUUGCUUUAAAAUAUCAUUAUAUUCUCCCUGCAAUGAUGUCACUAACAGCUCAUAUUAUUGUGUUAACAUUUCAGUUAUACCCUCAGAAACAAGAGCUCCUUCUAGAGCUCCAUUAUCAUUAAAUGCUACUAAUGUUCACUGUAAUCUCACAAUUUUAUCAUGGCUGCCACUUCACUGCUCAGAGUGGAUCAGCCCUUUCUCUCAUUAUUCAGUUCAAUUGGCUGAAAGUGAAGAUUGUUCCAAGGGGUCUUAUGAUCAAGAAAUUACAUCACUGGAACCAGUACUAAACAUAUCCUUUCCCAGACCCUUCACUGAUUAUUGUGUCAGAGUAUCACAAGUCAAUAUUGGAAACAACACCGGACCCUAUAGUCAAGGAGUACAUGUUAAAAGUCCACAAUGUCCACCUGGUAGAGUGCUUAAUUUGACCGCCUCUGUUGGGCUCAUAACAGCACAGCUAUCAUGGAAUGAACCAAAUUCUACCAAUGGAAUUAUCAAUAAUUAUAUUAUAUUGAUAUCUACUAGCUCAUCUUCAUCAUCAUCAGUGAGAAAUUUAUCAACAGGAAAUAAGAUAAUCGAUAUUAAAGAACUAUUGCCAAAUAUGGGUUACACCUUCAGUGUUGCAGCUGUUAAUGAAGGAGGAAUCGGCCAACGGAGCACAAUAACAAUGAGAACAAGAAGUAUUGAGUCAAUCAGAACAAUGAAUAUUAGUUGGACACUGAAUGAAGUCACAGUUACUUGGUACAGACCUGUCUCAACUAUAAUAACUAAUAUUAUAAUUAAUUAUGCUAUUAACAAGGAGUCCGGUAAUGUAAUAUUAAUUAAUAACAAUACAACGAGACGUUGGAGCCAUAGUGUAACCAUUGGCGAUAAAUAUAACUACUCAAUCUCAAUAGCAGCUGGAAUAUACACUAACAACACUUUAAUAAAUGGAAAUUUUACAAAUUUAAAUGGUUGUCAUGGUAAUUGCGAUACCAGCAUUUCUCUAUAUUUAUGGAUAGGAGGAGGAGGAGGAGUUGGUCUAGCAAUAAUAAUAAUAAUUUUAAUUAUUAUUACUAUAGUUUGGAGAAAACGGUAG